CGUAACUGUCUGAAGUACAGAAGGCCCCAUCAUGGAUUUCCAACAUCGUCCUGGAGGUAAAACUGGAAGUGGAGGCGUAGCCUCCGCUUCCGAAAGCAACCGCGACCGCAGGGAGAGACUUCGGCAGCUGGCGCUGGAAACGAUCGACAUCAACAAGGACCCUUAUUUUAUGAAAAAUCACUUGGGUUCUUAUGAAUGCAAGCUUUGCCUAACGCUGCACAACAAUGAGGGAAGUUACUUAGCCCAUACCCAAGGGAAAAAGCAUCAGACCAAUUUGGCCCGUCGAGCUGCCAAGGAAGCUAAGGAAGCUCCUGCCCAGCCUGCACCAGAAAAAGUCAAAGUGGAAGUGAAGAAAUUUGUGAAAAUUGGAAGGCCAGGUUAUAAAGUGACUAAACAGAGAGAUCCAGAAACGGGCCAGCAGAGCCUUCUUUUCCAGAUCGAUUACCCGGAGAUUGCGGAGAGCAUCAUGCCCCGGCAUCGGUUCAUGUCCGCGUACGAGCAGAGGAUCGAGCCCCCCGACAGGCGCUGGCAGUACCUCCUGAUGGCAGCAGAGCCCUAUGAAACCAUCGCUUUCAAGGUGCCAAGCAGAGAAAUCGACAAAGCAGAAGGGAAGUUUUGGACCCAUUGGAACAGGGAGACCAAACAGUUCUUCCUUCAAUUCCACUUCAAAAUGGAGAAGCCCCAGGCUCCCCGACCAGUGCCACCUCCGCCAGUGCCACCUCAGCUGCCACCAGCACCCGGCGUGCCCCCCCCAGCUCCUCUGCCACCCAUGAUGAGGCCUCCGCUGCCCACCGAGGGGCCGGGCGCUAUCCCCCCGCCGCCUCCCUCCAACUGAAGCCCCUCCUGGACUCAGUCCCACCGGACUCCUUUGGCUUGAGUUUUUUUAUAGAUGUAUCAGAACUGAUUCGGAU